AGGAACCAGAACGUGCGGAGCUUACCGACACCAUGGCGUCUCUCAUCACCGCCACGCUCGCACAUGCCCAGCGAGUGGCCAUCGCAGUGACCGUCACGCCGCCCAAGACGCCCGACGGCCGCCGCAAGUACGAAGCCACACUGCUGACAUCCGACGCCGCCCACAAUGCGCCUGCCUACCGGCGCGACCCCAUGACCGACGUCGCCGUCCACACCUUCACGCGCGACCAGUUCCUGGUCCUGUUCCGGAGCCUGGUCUGCUCCACGUUCAUCCGGUUCGGCACGUUCGCCCUCGUCCGGCAAACGUGCGGCAUCCCCAUGGGCAUCUCCGCUGCCCCCUUCAUUGCCAACCUCUUCCUCGCAUGGUUUGAGUACCGUUUCCUGACACAGCCCGCCGCCACAGCUCAGCGCCAGCGUGUCCUGCACGCCUUCGACCUCACCAAGCGGUACCUGGACGACUUGUUGGCCCUCAACAACCCCUUCAUCACCCGCCUCCUCAGCGUGGACCAGCGAUACGCCGGGCUACACGGGCUGUACCCUGCCUCACUGCAGGUGGAGGCGCAGUCGCACCCCCACUUGCAAGCGCAGCUGGCCGCCGGCACCGCCGCCAUGCCGUUCCUGGACAUCUUGCUCAUCCUGCGCACCACGCCAGCCGGCCACGCGCGCAUCACCACACGCCUGUACGACAAGCGGGUGCAGCCGGUGUUUGACGGUGUGCGCCUGUCCCGCUUCAUUGGCACGGACAGCAACGUCAAUGAAGCCAGCAAACGCAACAUCUUCACCGGCCAGUUUCAUCGCCUGCGGCGUGUCGUCACGGAGGUUGAGAACUUCGCCUUUGAGACCGCCAACCUCAUCACCGCCCUGACGCGCAUGGGCUACCGGCGGCCCCGCCUCCUGGGCGAUCUUCAGCGCAUGCUGCAGCGCACGCCUGAAGCCUACUACGUGCAACGGCGCCAGCGGCACCGCCCCGAAUACGCCGACUUGGUGGGCCUCACCCGCCAGUACCUCGCCGGCCGCCGCCACUUCGACAGCACUGCCAGCCCCGUGGAACUGACGCAGUCGCAUUAUUGGUGAUUAUUUGGUUUACUCCUGGUUUUAUCGUUUGUGUUUCCAGAGUCGGGCUUCCUGGUGUCGCACGGCAUGCAUCGCACGCGCCCAUGCCAACCGCAGUGCGCCCGGGAUGAGCCAUGCAGCGAUCGCGCUGUCGUUA